UUUAUUGGCUGACAGGGAAAGCACAUUCAAUUUUAUCCGCAGCGUAAAAUGGUGGUGCCCUGCGUUGCCUGCCCAGCGGCGGACAUGCCGAAACCGGGAAAUUGUUAAACACGAGAGAAAAUGGGAAAUCUUCCAGAGGGCGGGCAGAAUGAUGACGGGCUAGGGCAGGGCAGGGAGGAGUAAACGAGGCGCCGUCCUGGGCAGACUGUAACGUAACGGCGUGGAGCGCAGUAAAUGGCAGCCGCCCGGCCGCCCGGACGGACAUGAUUGCUGCGUUGUUGUAGUAACAGUGAGUUGUCGGCAGGACUGCACCCCACUCCCACACUAUCUUCUCACCUUGCCCACCUUGCCGGCGACCAAAGCCUAGGGUUAACGGGUUGAGGGGUUAAUAGGUUAACCUCUCCUCAUCUCACGCAAACUCCGCGGUUAGCGUAAUGGGUAUUAGGAAUGGAAUGUUUUGGAUUGGCGCACAAUUACGCCAUGAAAAGGGCAGGAAACAAGAAGGGGGAGAAGAGGGAGAGCGGGGCGGAGUUUCGGGAUUUGGGGAAGGCGAGGAGCUGUCUUUCUUGCAGGGUUUAGCAUUGCCGGAUCUAUUUUAUUUAGGUGUUGCGGCUGUGGUGGGGGAUAUCUUCUUGGGAAUUUGGGGGCUCAUCUUUAUUACAAGAGAAUCAGGAUUUUGGGGCUCUGUGUUGAUGGGAUUGUGACUAGAGUCUAGCAGUACCUAGUUAGUUUUUUCUUUCCUUUUGGCUUCCUGCUUUGAUUUUGGUUUUGGUCCCGAGGGAGGAUACUCACAUGGGCUUGAAGGAAAAGAGGGAUACAAAUAAUAGAAGUAUCUGUAUUUGUGAUUGUGGGAUUUAGGAUUUCAGGUGGAAGAUGAUGUCUUAUGGUAUGGAUGGGUUGAGGAAUUUGUCUGGCAGGGCUGCGCAGAGUAGCUGUGCGGGCAUGGCGAAGGAGGGGGAGCGCCAGAUACAGAAUUCAGGAUUUGGAGCGGAUGCUAGUGAUGCCCUUUAUGAAGAGUUAUGGCACGCCUGUGCUGGCCCUCUUGUUACGUUACCGCGAGUCGGGGAGAGAGCUUUUUAUUUCCCCCAAGGUCAUAUGGAACAGGUUGAAGCCUCGACAAACCAAGGGGCUGAUCAGCAGAUGCCGCUCUAUAAUUUGCCUUCCAAAAUCCUUUGUCAUGUGGUUAACGUGCAAUUUCGGGCUGAACCUGAAACAGACGAAGUAUUUGCCCAGAUUACUUUGGUUCCAGAGGCAGAGCAAAAUGAGUCUUCCCAUGUUUCGGGGACACAACUGCCUCCACCUCCCAAGAGUAAUGUACAUUUAUUUUGUAAGACACUUACUGCAUCAGAUACAAGUACCCAUGGAGGAUUUUCGGUUCUAAGAAGGCACGCUGAUGAAUGUCUUCCACCACUGGACAUGAGUCAGCAGCCUCCUUCCCAGGAGCUAGCGGCCAAAGAUCUCCAUGGAGUUGAAUGGCGGUUUCGACAUAUAUUUCGAGGUCAGCCAAGGAGGCAUUUGUUAACAACUGGGUGGAGUGUUUUUGUGAGCUCAAAGAGGCUCGUGGCAGGUGAUGCGUUCAUAUUUCUCAGGAGUGAAAAUGGAGAACUACGUGUUGGUGUGAGGCGUGCAAUGCGUCAGCAGAUUAACAUGCCAUCAUCAGUCAUUUCAAGUCACAGCAUGCAUCUUGGUGUAAUUGCUACUGCAUCUCAUGCUGUUUCAACACGAACCAUGUUUACGGUAUACUACAAGCCAAGAACAAGUCCUUCAGAAUUUAUUAUUCCUUAUGAUAAAUACAUGGAUGCGGUAAAUAACAACCUCUCAGUUGGCAUGAGAUUCAAGAUGCGUUUUGAGGGUGAAGAAUCUCCAGAGCGGAGGUUCAUGGGCACCAUUGUUGGUAUAAGUGAAGUUGAUCCUGUGAAAUGGCCUGAUUCAAGGUGGAGAUCCCUUAAGGUGCAAUGGGAUGAAACAUCAGCAGUCCCUCGACCAGAAAGAGUUUCACCAUGGGAAAUUGAGACAUUUUCUUCUGCUCCACUUCAUGCUUUGCAAGCACCCAGGACAAAGAAGCCCCGAACUAAUUUGUCAUCCUCAACUACAGAUUUAAUAAUGCCGGGCUUAAGCAAGACUGCACUGGACUCUGCACAUAGAUAUCCGGGGGUCUUGCAAGGUCAAGAAAUGAGGACCAUUGCAGGAUCCUUUGUUGAUAGUGAGGUGGAGAGCAACCAAAGGCCCCUGAUAUGGGGAUCCAUGGAGGAUGAUAUCAAGCAAGAUGGUGGGGUCUCCAGAGGAAGGUUAGCCUCAGAACACUGGAUGUUGCAAUACAGGCAGGACCUGGCCUAUGCGGACUCCUUCUCAGGUAUUCAAGGUGGCAGAGAUGUACAGAAAUUCAGCAUUCCAUCAGUGGUUCAAAACAUGGAAAGAUUUCAAGGGGUGAAAAUGGCCCAGAAUCAAUUUCAGGAUCAAGAGAGUGGUAUACCAAAUCAUCCAGGAAUGAAACUUCAGCUUUCAAAUCCGUGGCCAAUCUUGUCUUCUAACAAAACAAAUGAAACUGAGUCCAAUUUGAAGCCUUCUAGGUCAUCUAACAUGUCCCACAAGCAAACUGAUGCAGUAAAAUGGAGUGGAUUGUAUUCUUCUGCACCCUUCUCCAAUCUUGGAUCUGGAGAAUUGAGAGGAAAUCAGCCCAUGUCACUAGUUUCAUCAGCUCCAGCAGAAUUUACUGAAACCUACGUUCCUGGAAAGCUGGAUAGAAAUUUAAUAAAAACAAUGGGACCCCCGAACCUUGGAAUGACUGUACAGCAUCCUAAUCUUCCUUCAUGGGAAAUGAAGGAACAAAAAGGUGUAUUAUCUGAUACAAGAUCCUCAGAUUGCAAGCUGUUUGGUUUUCACUUGAUUGGACAUUCAGUUGUGGGUGAACUGACUCCAACGAUCAGAGGUUCAGCAACUGAAGAGGACUUGCAUGUUUCACCUCCUGAUUUAAUAGUAAAUCAGGUUCAGCCAACAGAAUCAGAUCAACAAUCAGAGCCAUCAAAGACAGCAAAAGUGGAUUUUCAAGCUGCAAGCAUUGAUGAUGAAUUUUUCUUUGAAGGGUCAUCGAAAGAAACUCAUUGCAGAGUUCAUAGUAAUUCUACAAGGAGCUGCACAAAGGUUCACAAACAGGGUAGUGCACUUGGGAGGGCGGUGGAUCUAACAAAAUUUGAUGGAUAUACUAAGCUCAUUUGCGAACUUGAGCAGAUGUUCAACAUUGAAGGAGAACUCCAGGAUCCAACCAAAGGUUGGCAGGUUGUAUACACAGAUAACGAAGGAGACAUGAUGCUUGUUGGAGAUGAUCCCUGGCAGGAAUUCUGCAGUAUUGUGCGGAAGAUUUUUAUAUAUACACGUGAAGAAGUUGAUAAAAUGACUCCACGUAGUCUUGAUAUGAAGAUUAAAGGAUCAUCCAAUGAACAUGUCACCCGAGAAAUACCCAAGUGUUCUGAUCAUCAAGAUUCAUCAGUGCCUGUGGCGACAGUUGAAAGGAGUUCUGAUUCUUGAUGCCAAUUCAGUCUGCAUGUUGGGUGCUUAAGCUGGCUCUUCUAGAGGGGAUGUCAAAUGCCACGUUUAGUUGGUUUUUUGAGCCUUUAUUCUGGCAGGGAAGCUGUUUGUACUCCUUAACAAUGUAUUCAAUAUGUAUAAUAUUUUCAUUUCUUCUACAUAGAUUCAGCGUCAAUCAAUAUGCCUAAGGCAUUUUCCUGCAGAUAGAAGCUCAUUUUGCAACUUAGCAAGCUUCUAGAGACCCAUACACUUAAAGCUAUGCAAGGUGCCCUUUUGAUAUGAAAUAUAUAUAUAUUUUUUUAAA